AUGCGAAACAAGCAGAAUAGUGUAGUAAAUGAAGUAAGAUAAAUGCAGAUUUAUUUUUCAGUUCCGCGAAAUUGUAACAGUUUAACUAUUCGAGUGUUCGACAAAUUAUAAGAUCGUACAAUCACCUGAAAAAGGCACAAUUAGUAUAAAUGAAAUUAUAAAAUGAUUGCAGGUUGUCCAGGCGGCGCCGCUGCCCGUACCUGUUCAGGUACGUAGCAAGAACGAUGGCUCGGGGGUGGCUGCGUCGGUGUCUGGGGUUCGUAGACGAAGCGGCUCCCAGGGUUUACGAUCACCAGCCGCGAAGAGGCCACUCUCCGCCCCGGUUGCCCUUCAGGGCUGGCUACACAAACAGGGCUCCGAGGGGCUCAUGCUCUGGAAGAAACGGUGGUUCGUCCUCUCCGAGUACUGCCUCUUUUAUUACAAAGGUCCGGAAGAGGAGAAACUGUUGGGUUCGAUAUUGUUGCCGUCGUACAGAGUUACCGUAUGCAAACCCGAGGACAAAGUUAACAAAAAGUUCGCGUUCAAAGCGGAACACGCGAACAUGAGGACUUAUCACUUCGCAGCAGACAGUCGCGAAAGCAUGAAUCAAUGGGUGAAUGCAUUGACUUUGGCGACUCUUCUUCAGGACCCGAGUCCCGGUGCCGGCGAGGCAGCGGUGGUGAUCGAGAUAGCUGGCCAACAAGACGGAGAGCGCAGCGCUCGACCAAGCGUCUCCUCGAUCUCCUCGAUCCUAAAUCAGAGCGCCGACGACAGUGACUCCGGAUUUCACGGGUUUCAAUCACGGGACGAUCCCAGCCACGCUUCCAACAACAAUUCCAGCCCGAACAGCGUGAACACUGCCUCCUUCCCCAAUCUCAGCGGUAGCAAUAGCAACAGCAACACCAAUAACGGGAGCAAUAACAACAACAACAACAACAACAACGCCAUCAACAGCGCCAUUACCAACAGCGGGAACAACAACGCGGGCGACGUUCAACCAAUGGUGAACGGUUGGAUUCAACAACAAACGCCAUACGGCGAAGCAAGCACGUCACAGCACCAACAACAGCCGCAAUAUGGUCAGCUGAUACCGACGUCUCAACAGUUGCAACAAAGCCAUCCCUAUCAGCAACAUCAGGCGCUGCUUCAUCAACACUUGUCUCAACAUCAGAAUGCCAAUCAACUGCAUCACACCAAGCACGUGAUCCAACAAGUCGCUCAGCCGCAGUCGCAUUUAAUCGUUGCCGGUAACGUGCAAACUGUCCAGCCUAUGCCGAGAAAAUUCGGCCAGCCGAUAUACGCGAACGCGCCGCCGAAGCCGAGAAGGCUGGCCGACGGAUCGACCGAGUACUCGACCCCGUCGCCGGAUCCGGACUACCGGAAGUCGCCGGUGUCGCCAGACGUAACGGUGACCAGCAAGAGCCCGAUGUCGGACUACGACAGGGGUAGCAUGAUCUACGGUACGAGGAUGACUCAGCCGUCGCAGCAGAGCCUGAGGACGGAUAAAUCGGGGUUGAAUUACGGGUACGGGCAGCAGGUGCAAACGGAGAGGCGCACGCCCGAUACGUACGGACGUAGCGCGGCGAAACCGAGGUCCAGCGCCAGGGGGAACGGCGACUACGAGGAAGUUUAUGGGGCGCCUCAGCUAUAUCAAAGGCCAGCUGGACCAGUCGGCUAUACGAAAGGGUCGUCGCCGGCUCCUAUCCCGAUUCCGCUGUACGCGCAACAACAUCAGCAGCAGUAUCAGCAGCAGAUCCAUUCUCCUGUCACGCCUUCCAAUAUGCCAAUAAUGAGGCAACCGAGGGCGCAACCACCCCCGCGACCUCACAGCGCGGACUUCUUGGAGUACGAGGCGACCAGGAAGCCUCAGCAGCAGAUGCCACCGCAGUGCGAGGAAUCUCUGAAUCAACAGAGGCGUCCACAGAGGCCUAAAUCGAGUUUAGAUAUAGUCACCCCGUCGGACACUACCAACGACGGAUAUUUCUAUUCUGAGGAAAGGUACGCGGCACAGAUGCGGCAGUCCGCGGUUUAUCUCCAUCAGACGCCUCAGCAUCAUCAGCAACAGAGGAAUCAAUCGCUUUCCCGGGCGACAAUGACGUCGAAAGUAACGGCGGCGAUCCGCGACAGAAGCGACGAAAGUAGAAUGGCGACGCUUCCGGAUGUUUCGUGCUCUGGCUUGAGGCGAGCGCAACGCGAGCACGUUCAUCAGCAACACAUGUUACCUCACCAGUCGCUUCAGAGGCACACCGACAGGAUAAACAGCAACGAGGCGAAGCUGAGGCGAUCGUUGCGGGAGAAGAGCUACGAGCCUAGCAGUCGAGAAAUGCUGAGUCACAUGGCCGAAGACGACCGGACGAUACCACGAAGAAUUCCACGAGAAUACGAGUCGUCGAUGGGAGGGUGGGGUGGCAGACCGACGAGUCACACGGGCCAGGGGACUACUCACGUGGGCCAACCGUGUCACGUUCCUCACGCCGCUGCCAGACGAUGGAACGAGCAGCAACAGUUCUGCAGAUCGGCCUCCGCGCGACUCCCGAGGACCAGGCAUCCGGCCGCGUUGGACCCCGACGACGAGGACUACGGCGAACGAUCUUCCGAGCAAGACUCGCGGGAUGGUGAACGAAAGAUACAGCAGCGCGAGGAGUCGAUGAAGCGGCUGCUGGAAUGGAAGCAGCGGAUGCUGCAAUCGCCGCUAACCCGGAAGCCAUCGGCCUCGGCAAACAGAGGCCGGCCGCAGAACGAGCUGUCCAGCUAUUACAAACAGCAGGCGCUGCUCGAGCUCGCUGCCCACGAGGCCUCCGUGGCGGAGGGUCGUCACUCGCGGCGAAGGGACGACGGUCAUCGGCCACACGUCCGCAGCAAGAGCACAGACGGCCGCAGAACUGUCGUCAACGUUUCACGAUACAACAGCUACUCCAGCGACGACGAAGAGCUGGGAGAUGUCCGGAGGAAGCGCACGCGUAGACCCUCGCAUGCAGGAAGGAGCCCCCGCCAACACGGAGACAAUCGUUCACCGGGAAAUACGCCACAAGAUGCCAUGCCUGCGACCGGCCGCCAUACACAGAACACUGUUCGAGUGUCGAACGACCGACAAACCAGCAGCCCCACUGCUUCCGUUCUGCCGAAUCUGGGCGGAAUACCUCCAGACGCCGGCUACGAAGAGGUCAGCUUCCUCUCUGCGACGAGAGCCGAUCGUUCUCCUCCGUAUCUCACCCCUGAACAGAGAUCUACUCCCAAAAUUGAUCAGCAAGAUCGCGAUCCCUGUCCCUUCGACGAGGACAAGUUCAAGAAGAAACCGUCUGGGAUUUUAAAAACGUCGACGGUCUACGGUGUCGAGCAAGCUGGAAAGAGUUCGAAUGCCUCGACGGAGACUUGGCCCACGCAGAAGACAGUUCAGUGGACCACUAAGAAGGAACCGGACGACUGGGACUCCAACAUCGACGAGAGCAAGGUUAUCAAGGAGUUUUCCUACCAAUACAUCAAACCGAAAGAAGAGUUAGAGUCGAAGAUAGAGGACAGGACUGCUCCUGGUAAAUCAGAGACUAUGAACCUGGUACAGUGUAGGAUACGAUCGUUCGAGCUGAACAUGGACGGCUCGAGUCCGGUGAAGGAAAUGUACGCUAUGCAGGAACCACUGAAAGUGUCUCCGCUUCAAGCAACCGAGGCACACGUCUCCAAGCUGGACUGUUCGAAGAAGGCGUCGUCGAUAAUACGGAGCUUCGCUCUGGGCGAGUCGGAAUCCCAGGAUUCCAAGUGCAAGAACGUGAAAGACGGUCACGCGAAACAGGCGUCCACGGACAGCAACAAGUCGGUGAAGGAUCUGCUGGCGGAUUUCGAGAGGAAGUCUCAGCAGGUUCAAAGACAGGAAUACGGCAGGCACCAAGAGGCGAAACACCGCGGAGUGUUCAGCGACUCGGAGGCGUUGUUAUACGACACGGGUAGUGAUCUGGAUCAGCGCGACAGGAACGAAGACGCGGAAGACGAGAGGAUCAGGAAGGUGGACAUAGUUGUAGCUGAGCCCAUCGACGAUCGCAAGAUGUACACCGAUACGACGAAGAGGAAGGGCGAUGUUUCCUUCAGGCGUAAGAAACGAUCGUUCUCUAAGGAGAGCGAGAAUGAUCAAACAAUCUCCACGGAGGAUCUAGACAUCCUGUCGAACCCUAGUUGCGCCAGAUUAAGCGUCACGGAAUCUCUGUUAACUCACGGUGAUCGCCUCUCGGGGGAAAGUGGAACCACGAGUCCCACCGUGAAGCAAGAGGACAUCAUCUGUCCCGAAGAGCACUACCUCCCUAUGACACCCAGGAAAGCCAUACUGGAUCCCAAUGACGACAGACCGAAUCCAAAGAUGAUGGAGAGCCUGUUCGCCAAUUUGGACCACGAGGAAAGCUCGUACGUGGAGAUGGCUCAAAAUGGCAUGACGCAUUCUCUUUUGGCACCCACCGAUGAGACCGGCAAACACGAUUCCGGGGAUUACUCCACCUUGGACACGCCUCACUACGAGUUUGUCUGCGUUUCGGAUAACAAAAUGGAACCGGUGUACAUGGAGGUGAGCCAGUUAUCGGAAAAGGAGGAGCAAGACGAUGGAAAAGUGUCUCUGAAGAAGAGGAGUCACGACGAUUCGGCACGCUCGAGAACUGAUCUUCCCGAUAUUCUGACAGCGUUGAAGUCCGACAGUUCGGACGCCGACGACGAGUCUUCGAAGGACCUCGAUUCGAUCGACGCCCCACGGCACCCUAGGUUCAGCCUCUCUGAUACUUUCAGACCCGCUUCCUACUACUUGGGCGCUAGUCGGACCAUGAUCGCGGAACUGCACGACUCCUCCGACAGCGAGUUGGUGUCUCCUCCUCCGAUUCCAACUUCUCCGCCUCCAUUGGACGACCUGGACUCCCUGGACAUGCAGGAGUCGUUGGAAAUCAAGAAGGUCUCUCCCCAAGUAGCGGUGACGAAGGACAACAGUUCGAGCAGAGACUCGCCGAAAUCGUGGAACAAGCCGAUGAGUCAGAUCGAGACCCACAGGCCUCCAUCGAGAUUUUCGGAUGCCACCAUCAGCUCCACCUUCAGAGACAGCCGAAUCUCUCUGGAGAGCGCGUCCGGAAGCGACUCGGUGGAGUUGAGGACACCGGAGGAAGAAGCUAGGCACAGACAACUGAAAACCAGACCAGUCAGCGAGAUGUGCGAAGUCCUCGAUAGUUUGGACGAGUUGGCGUCCCUUGGGAGCCGGUUCGACGGUGCUAGUAUCGAUUUGGAUCAAUUCUUGGAGGAACUGCAGGCUCGCGAUGCCUUCAACGUUGACUUGUACGCGAAAGAUCUCAGUUACAACAGCAUUUACGGAUUCAACGAGAACAUGAUGGUGGUGGACAAGCUUCAGAAGACCACCUGCCACGACCUGUCAAGGCAGGCGAAUUUAGGCUUCGAGAACCUCGACCAUUCUCUGAGGUACAACGGUGGUGCAGUGAACAAAAUGGGAUCAGCGAGUAGUUUGCCGUCUAUGAGAGUCUGCGAUGCUCCACCUUCUCACCAGCAUUCACAAUCCUUCACCGGCGACGCUCACUACGAAAACAUCUCGAGCUUUUCUCCGCUGAGAAACUCGCCGGCGAUUCGAUCGGACAACGACCAGUCGCGAGACAACUCGCACAGGUAUCAGAGAGGUUCUCAAAGCAAUCUGCUCGCCGCGUCUCACAGUAGGGACUCCAGCUACUCCUUGGCAUCUGGAGCCGCUUCAAUCUCAACCUCCAUGGCUUGCCAGAGACCCGCUAGUGCGCAGUCCUCCAUACACUCGCCGACGGGUUCGAUGUCUUUGGGAAAUCACGGGAACAGUUUAAUCACGUGCAACAUGCUACAGAACGCGAGUCCCUACUCUGAUCAACGGUUCCACAGUCACUCGAGAUCGGCCAGUCAAGAUUCCGCUAGGUAUUCGAUGAUAUCGAACCACAGAUCGUCGUCCAGUCAGGAUUCCAGCCACUACCCGACCUCUACGUCCACGGUGAAGGCAAAUCCCGCGCCUCAGUCAUAUCUACCUGGCGAACCACAUCCUCAGAGCGAGCAGUCGACUGCACCCUAUUAUUAUUCCGACCUUCAGGGCAGCAUAAACGCCGUGGAUGUCGAGUCGACGAAGCCGAUAGGCCACACCUCGAGAUUGCCCCAGCUAAACAAUCAAAGAGACGACGCGUCCGCGCUGAACAAGAGGAACGAUAUAGGGCGUAUAGUGAACCCUAUCCCGAGGCAAAUGCCCCCCAGACAGAUCCAGGUGGACGACAUAAACCAGGCUAUGCGAAUAGCGGCUCAACUGCGGAAGACGACUUGUCAACUACUAAGUGACAACAAAGUAAGCCUAGUGGACAAGAAGAACUUUUACGAAGCGGACACCCUCAGAAGGGUGAAAUCCACCGAUCCCCUGCCUGAUGUCUCGUCGGUAGAGAUCAAUACGAGAAAUCUGUAUCCUCAUGGUCUUCGCGAUAAAUCGAACGGACGAGAUGCCUUCGAACUGGCGGUUGGAACCCAAACGUCCCAUCGAAGAUCCCGAUCGUUGGAGGGUCUGCUGGACGACGUCGGUCUUCAGAACCUAGUAGAGCAGAGAAACAGAAGCAAUCGAGUAGCGAUGAUUCAACCGAGCCGGGUGGAAGAAAUACCGCAGAGCGUGGAUGGCACAGAUGCCAGUUCAACGUCGAGCAACUUCCACGUGGACGAUCCCUGGGAACAGGACUCCCUGUGGAGGGAAAGUCUCCGACGAGUAAGUCUGAGAAACGCAAGAUCCCUGGACAACUUGGACAACCCUCCACGAUCAAUCGUGCCGAACUCAGAUUCGAAGGGACGGAACAAGAUCACUCGCGGGGCCACGUACGUGAACGAUAGCGUGAUCCUACGGCGGGACAACUGUUCGGAGGAUCCGUCGGACAGGCCUCGCGUGAAACGCCGAGCCAACAAAGAACAACAGGAGAGGAACGAGGUGGUCGACGAUCUGACCUACGAAAGCCUCUCGAUGGAACGGAUUCACGCGAGCGGUUACGUGUGGGACGCGCAGAACGAGGCUUACCGAAAAGCCACCGCCGAGGAUAGGGAUCAUUUUUUAGAGGAAGGCAACCUUCCCCCGGUACGCUCGGUCUCGGAGACGACGCAGCAGGUGUCCGGGCCGGCAGCGUUCGAGCUCGACCGAGAGAAGCUACGGCAAUGGGACCUGCUGUCGAGCGCCUGCUUGCUCCAGGAACAGCAGCGCGGCUCAAUGGCGGACUCGGGGCGAGGGUUGCCAAUCGUGGAACGACCUGGAGACGUUCUCGACGUGAUGAAGAACGGUGCACGGCCGGUGAACAGCGGCGCUGGCGCU